AUGAUUGGGAGGGGAUUGGAACACCCGAAUCACAUGAUUGGGAGGGGAUUGGAACACCCGAAUCACAUGAUUGGGAGGGGAUUGGAACACCCGAAUCACAUGAUUGGGAGGGGAUUGGAACACCCGAAUCACAUGAUUGGGAGGGGAUUGGAACACCCGAAUCACAUGAUUGGGAGGGGAUUGGAACACCCGAAUCACAUGAUUGGGAGGGGAUUGGAACACCCGAAUCACAUGAUUGGGAGGGGAUUGGAACACCCGAAUCACAUGAUUGGGAGGGGAUUGGAACACCCGAAUCACAUGAUUGGGAGGGGAUUGGAACACCCGAAUCACAUGAUUGGGAGGGGAUUGGAACACCCGAAUCACAUGAUUGGGAGGGGAUUGGAACACCCGAAUCACAUGAUUGGGAGGGGAUUGGAACACCCGAAUCACAUGAUUGGGAGGGGAUUGGAACACCCGAAUCACAUGAUUGGGAGGGGAUUGGAACACCCGAAUCACAUGAUUGGGAGGGGAUUGGAACACCCGAAUCACAUGAUUGGGAGGGGAUUGGAACACCCGAAUCACAUGAUUGGGAGGGGAUUGGAACACACCGAAUCACAUGAUUGGGAGGGGAUUGGAACACCCGAAUCACAUGAUUGGGGAGGG